GACGAGAUCCCGUCGUGUGAUCUUCUCUCUCUUUUUUUAUUCUCUUUUUUCUCUCUCUCUCUCUCUCUUCCUCUUCGUUUCUCCUUUUAUUUAUCUUUAUCUUUCUCGUAUUCGUUCUCGAUUUUUACGGUGUCAAUACGUACCCACGUAUAAAUGAACAACAAUAUAUUGUUAUAUUAUUUCGUAAAGAAAUACACGAGCGUUACCAAAAUGGCCGCGCACUGAACUACGAGGGACUUAUACGAAAGCGGCAGUAUCCAAGCGGCAGCUCGAUUCUCAACGUGUGUGACGACAUGAGUUGUCGUCGAGACGUUCGACGUUUACUUUAGAAAGGGAAAGGAGGGGAAAGGAGGGGAAAGGACGUCUGUCUUUUUCUUUUUUUCUCUUUCUUUCUUUCUUUCUUUUUUUUUUUGUUUUUUUUUUUUUUUAUUUCUUCUUCCUCCUUUUUUCUUCGGAGUAUCGCAGCUUCCCUUUCUUUUAUAUAUAUAUAUAUACAUUACUCUGACUGGCUAUAAAUCUAGGUGGACCUAUACAAGGUCUAUCUGAUCGAAAGAAGCGGAGCUCGAGGCUCGAGCAAAAGUGACGCCCAUGCCGGACUGCAAGAAAAAAUUGCAGGAAAAGAAGAAGAAGAGAAGCAGAAGGAGGUGAAUGGGAGGGGGUGGGGGGGAAAAAGAAGAAAAGAGAAGAUUAAAAAAAAAAAGAAGAAACGACGAGAUAGAUCAUCGUCGUCAUCGGUUGCGAUCAUCGUCGUUUAAAAUACAAAACGAAGAGAGAUCGUGGAAGUCGAACGAGAGUUAAAUAAAAAAAAGAAGAAAGAAAGAAAGAAAGAAAUAAGGAAGGUUCUCCAAAAUGGCGUCCACCAUCGUCACACAGUUUCUGAUAUUUCUUACGUUGGCAGCAUUAUCCUUUCGGACAACACACUCUCACGUAGCUUUGACGUUUCCACGAGCUAGAAAAUAUGAUUUGGAUUUUCUUGACAAUGGCAGGACACCUGGCCCCUGUGGUAUGCCACGCGGUACCAUCAAGACGACGUUACUUUCCGGAAGUAAUUUUAACGUAACGUGGCACCUCUCUUAUCCUCACAAGGGUGGAUUUCGACUUCAAAUUCUCGAUGGCCUUGACAGACCUUUGAUCGAUUUAACACCGGUUACACAACACAGCGAAUUCGUCGAAGACGAUGCUACAGCACAAAGUUACCAUGUACAAUUGCCACAAAAUUUUACCUGUACCGACUGCACGAUCAGACUCCUUCGAAAAGCUGAAGAAUGGGGCUCCAGUUAUAGAUUUUGGUCCUGUGCAGAUAUUGACAUACUCGAUAGAAAGAUCUACAGGGAAGACUGCAACGGACACGGGAGGUACCUCCUCGGCAGAUGUAGAUGCGAUCGUUUUUAUCAUGGCGCAAGGUGCGAAUUUAAGGAGGAGUGCCUCGACGACACCGAUUGUGGUACCCAGGGCACGUGCAUCGACAAUGGCGGUACGACCGCACCCACCAAGCUCUGCUACUGCAACAUCGGUUGGUUCGGAUCGGGUUGUGCAAAAAGAUCACCUAUAAAAACGAUCGACUUGGAUUUAGAAUCUUACACGAUGAAGCGAUUCUCAGAUGACGUAACCUUUUACUGGAGGAUUUUAUGGACGAGCAUGGAAUUGGAAGGUGUUCUCGUAGCAAAUAGUACUACUUGGAUUGGUAUUGGUUGGAGACCGAGCAAUUUAUCUCCAGCAUGUCGAGCCUUUCCUGAAAUAAAUGAUCCACCAAAAGAUGAGCCACUGCCAAAGCCCGAACCUAAAUCCGAACCAGAACCAAAAUCUGAAUCGGAGAGAAGGAUUACGGAAAGUAAAAGCAAAUCGACGAGUGAACCACUUACGAGUGAACUUUUAGAUGAAUCUAAAGCCGAACCAGAACCAGAACCAAUACCAAUACCAGAGCCUGAACACGAUAGCGAAAGAUCCGGUGCUAAAAGGAGAUCAGCUAAAGUCGAUGGUACAACAUUCGUGACUUAUCGACCAGAUGAUGUUACCGUACAAACUAGCGUGACUUAUCGAGUUAGCACAAAACAAGGUCGUAAACGCAGAUCAUCUGAAACAGAAACAUUACCGUCGAACGGUGAGCGCGCAACCGAGUCGGCCACCAUCAUCGGCACAGAGCCAGAACCCAACUCCGAACCGGAACCUCAACCUGUGCCAGAAUCCAAAUCUCAACGAGAACCUAAAUCCAAGUUAGAUUCAUCGUCGGUGCCAGAACCUAAAUCUGAACCAGAGCCUAUAUCAAAUCCUGAAUCCAUAUCUGAGCCUGUGCCUGAACCUAAAUCCGAGCCAGAACCAAAGUCAGAACCUGAACCGAAAUCCAAACCCGAGCCCAAAACCGAACCAGAACCAAAGUCAGAACCUGAACCGAAAUCUGAACCUGAGCCCAAAUCAGAGCCAGAACCAAACUCAGAACCUGAACCAAAAUCUGAACCUGAACCCGAACCGAAAUCCGAACCGGAACCAAAGUCAGAACCUGAACCUAAAUCGGAACCAGAGCCAAAAUCCGAGCCAGAACCUAAAUCCGAGCCUGAACCAGAGCCAAAAUCUGAACCGGAACCUACUUCCGAGCCGGAGCCAAAGUCUGAACCUACCUCAGAACCGAAUAUGGGAGCAACGAAAGCAUCGAUACCAUCUAUGGGACAUAAAUACACUCCGAAACACGACUUUAAUCCUAUGGAUUGCACGGAUAUAAUAAUCGGUACGGCAAGAGGUAUGACACAUAGAAUUGGAGAUUAUUACACCAGGGAUAGAUCGACGCCCCGUCAAGACAAUUAUUGGGGUGGAAAGGAUAGUUUAACAGCGGCCAUGGGUUUCGAACGAGAUGGUGUCACUACGAUACUUUUCAGAAGAAAACUAGAAACAAACGAGCCAACGGAUCAUGCUAUUCGGGAAGGUAGUAUGCAUGUGAUAUGGGCCAAGGGUCAAGAGCCAGGUCAAUACAUUCAUUAUCCGCCGAGUGGUAUUGAAAAAUCCAAAGUCUCCGUUAAAGAAUUUUAUAAGGUCGAUGAAUUGAAAUAUCACGGACAUAAUACCCAAAGAGGUGUUACGACCAUCGACUUCUUCGAAAAUAAUGGCGAAGAAGAAGAAGUUAACGUGCCUGUACCAGGUGGUGGUUGCGGUGGUUCAUGGCAAUAUCCAAAACAUUGUUCGGUUGAAAAUCGUACAUGCGAAUACGCCAUAGAAUGGAAUUACAAAGCAAAAUUGGAUCAAAUAUCCUUUGUUAUUUCAACAACGAAUACUAGCAGUUGGACUGGAGUUGGAUUUUCCAACGACGAUAAAAUGACACAAACGGAUGCGGUCUUAGGAUGGGUUGAUACAACCAAUGGUCGAGAAUUCGUCAUGGAUACUUGGAUGAGCGGUUACAAUCCUCCCCUGUUAGAUCCUUCCCAGGAUAUUUAUAAUACACACGGACGUAUCGAGGAUGGAAUUAUGACAAUACGAUUUUCAAGAAAACGAAUUACAAAGGAUACCACCAGGGAUUUCUCAUUCACCGACGAUCAUUGCCUGUACAUGAUGUAUCCUGUAAAAGGUGGCAAGUUCAAUGCAGUUAACAAAAAGAUUCAAAAGCAUAAUGCUCCACCGAUGGUCUCUCGUAAAAAAAUCUGCAUAAGAUCUUGCGGCGCAGAAGAGAUAGAAGUGAUAACGACACCAGCCCCACCAAGAUUGUACUACGACAUUGAAGUUAAAUUAAUCCAUCUUGGCGAUAGUUUUGUACCACCGUCACAGGAUAGUCCCGAUUUUGAAAUAAUCUCGAACACUAUAACGGAGAGUUUUGGCCCGGUUUUCGAAAACCUUCCUGGUUAUUAUCGGAUAAAUCUCGAGGAAUUGAAACGAGAUGAAGAACAAAAUGGAGCAGUGGCGCGCAUGAAAUUGACACUGGACAAAAACGAAAUAAAAGGUAGAGCUUUAAAUCCAUUGGAUGCAACAGCAGCUACAGAAAAGACAUUAAAGAAAGCUCUCAUUAGCGGAAAGGUCGGUGCCCUCUCCGUUGAUCCUCAGUAUCUAGUCAUCAGAGCACCUCGUAUAACCGAAGAAAAUGAAGUAAUCGAAGAAGACGAUCGACCAUUAAAACCGACCUUCCUGUUAAGCGAAACAAAGUUAUACAUCGUCGUUGGAUGCGUUGCUGCAUUGGUAGCACUUGCAGUCUUACAAGCUAUUUGUACACUUUACAAAUCGUCAGUGAAGCGUUCUACUAAGGAUCGUCUUAUAAGCAAUAAUGCAUGGAAAGAUUAUUCCUCCGGAGCGAACACAAAUUUUGGAUUUGAAUCAUUCGAGACCGAAGAGAAGACACAUCCACCGCCAGUAUCCAGUCUUCCAAGACCCAGAGAUAUUACUGGGAAUGGUACCAGCCUUGGUCACGACACUGUAGAAGGUCCCAAUAGAAUGAUCAGUCCAAGAGCGACUUACAGUUUACCUCGUGCACCAGGUUCUAGAAAUAAUGCACCGACACCGAUGCAACCAGGAUAUUAUACACAAGAUCGUAGGAGUCAGUAUCAACGAACGAAGGGUCUUCAAGGUACGACGAACAACGUGGCUGCACAAGCAAAUCAACCGGACUUUUACUUCAUGCCGAGUCAACGUAAAUACAGCGGCGAGGUUGUGCGCGUUUACGUUGAUUACGAGAGUCAAAUGCCAAAAUGA